CCAGGCCAGUGCGCAGGCGCUUGGAGGGCGCGCGCAGGUGUCGUCACUUCGUGUCGGACUCCGCUGGGUGAGGUGUCGCGCACUGACGGCGUCGCCAUGGAGCCGAGGGCGGGUGUUUCCAAACAGGACAUUCGUGAGCAGAUUUGGGACUACAUGGAGGCACGAAAUCUAGCUGAUUUCCCCCGGCCUGUUCAUCACAGGAUUCCCAACUUCAAGGGUGCUUCUCGGGCCGCUGAGCAUUUCCCACGUUUGCAGGCGUUCAAAAUGGCCAGAACCAUUAAAGUCAACCCUGACGCACCCCAGAAAAAUGCCCGCUUCUUCGUCCUCAACAGCAAAAAAACAUUGUUGGUUCCAACACCACGACUGAGAACGGGGUUGUUUAAUAAGAUCACACCACCCCCCGGGGCAACUAAAGACAUCUUGAGAAAAUGUGCCACCUCUCAGGGUGUGAGGAACUACAGCACUCCCGUGGGCUUGGAUUCCAGGGUCCUUGUGGACUUAGUGGUCGUGGGGUCCGUGGCUGUUUCUGAAAAAGGCUGGAGAAUUGGGAAGGGAGAAGGCUAUGCCGACCUUGAAUACGCCAUGAUGGUGUCGAUGGGAGCGGUCAGCCAGGGGACGCCAGUGGUCACCAUCGUCCACGACUGCCAGGUUGUCGACAUACCUGAAACACUCCUUGAGGAUCACGACCUCACCGUGGACUAUAUUCUCACUCCAACUCGAGUCAUCACCACGGGGUGUGAGCGCCCCAAGCCAACAGGAAUCGUGUGGUCCAAGAUCAGCUGUGAGAUGAUGGGGAAAAUGCCAGUCCUCAGAAGCCUGCGCUGCCGAGAGGAGCAGGCCGGGAAGGACGUCACCCUUCGGGACACACACCGGGGCCUGCCGCGUGCCCGGGCCGCCCUGAGCACCGUCAGAAGCCCGCGGGAGCUGCCCUCGCUGGAAUCGGGCUCCUGGCAGGGGGACGAUGUGCCUUCCAGCACUGUUUACGUUGGGAACCUCCCCCGGGACGCCCGGGUGAGUGAGCUGAAGCGAGCCCUCAGCGCACGGGGCGCGGCGCCCUCACGGCUCACUUGGCAGGGGCCACAGCGCAGGGCCUUCCUCCACUACCGGGACCUGGCCGAGGCCUGGCAGGCCAUCUCCCGCUUGCAGGGCUUCUGUCUGGGCGCCAACACAGUGAGGGUGGCGCUGGCCAGGCAUCAGGGGGCCAGUGGCCCGGCGGGCGGCCGCACUGGAGAGCCGCACCCUGACCCGUGACAACAUCCCGCUCCAGCCCCGGCGAGCUUCAGGACCCGGCACAGCGGGAUGUGGUGGAGCUGUGCUGCACGAGCUGCCUUGAGUUCAGUCCUCUCCCGGAAGUCAGAGCUUCAGCUGCUGCCUGGUGUCUCCUGAGGAGCAGGGAAGUCAACCGUAAUAUGCUUCCCAUCUUCUGAAGGCAGAAAGGUCCAUGUUCAGGCUUUGGCUUAUCCUGGGCCUUCAGCCUGCUGGGUGUCUCAGCCCUGCUGGUGUCUUGGUUUAGGGGACCGAGUGGGCAAUAAACAAGUUGGAGUAAAUGCUGACUGCAGUUUAGGGGAGUCUGUGUUUUGAACUUGAGAGGCGUGGGAGAUUAAGAGAAGGUGGGCAGAGGACCAGCUGCAGAGGCGUGGCGGCUCAGAACAAGAAGAUAUCCUUGUGUUCCUGGCUCCUUGGCCUGGCACUGCUAGAAGGGAAAAGAUGCGCUCAGCUUGCAGAAGCCAGGUGGUUCAGUCCCCUGGGUACAGACUGCUUGUCACACCUCAGUCCUGGUGUCGGAGAUGGAGGCCAAUCUGACGUGGACCCUCGGCUGUGUGGUCUCACCUCUGUCCCCUCCUUACCUUUCCAGCCAGGCUCCUCCCCCGGGGUGAACACCUCUGCUCUCGGCCAGCUGCCCCUGAACAGCAGGGAGCCUGUGUCUAGGAAAUCCUGGCUGUCAGUGAGUUGUCCCAGCCGACGUCACGGACGAGGCCAGACACAUGCUCACACACUCAUUUGUCCACUGUCGUAUGUUUUCUGUCCCUCCAUUUCUCUGUUCCUGGAAAUCAAGCUGGAUUUUGGCCGAACUGUGCUUUCUAAAUGGAAGUGCUUUUGCAGUGAUCCUGGGUGAAAAGUCAAGAUGAGCAUUUAAGUGGAGAUUUCAUUUUGUUUUCAAAUGUAUAUGCACGGGGCAUUUUUAUUUUUCCACCAGAGGGUCUUACUGAGCAUGUUUUAAACCCAUUAUUAUGCCUCAAGGGGCAGGCCUUGCCUGCACUUUGAAGAUAAGGUUCUCAAGGCUCUCAGUCUCCCUUUGAAAAAGCAUUUUCUCAUUGGUUUUACAGUGAAAAUGCGGUGGAGACUUUGGAAAGAGAAUUGAUCCUUAGAUUUGCUCGGUUAAAUGCAGACUCCACAUUGACAUGAGCAAAACCAGGGGGUAGAAUAUCUUAACACGGCAGUCCAGGCCGUAGGGCCUCUGGGCUCACUCUUUCUCUGCCCAACCCCUGUCCCUUGGCUGGUUUCGUUUUGUCACUUGUGUUCAGCUUGGCCAUCACAGGCUGACUGACCGCCCAGUCCAGAGUAGCGACCUGAUAUCUGAACAACUUGCUCCGUUCCGGUUGGUUUUCCCGGUUUUUCCAGAAUGCCUCCUGUCUUUGGCAUGUUCUUGUUCAGUUUUGGUUGAUGUUUCUAUCCUUGACUUGCUACCGUUGGAGUAGUGCUACAGGAGCGCAGCAAGUGAGUCCGUCCCUGCCUUUACUCCCCACUGUGCCCCAGCCCCAGCCGUGAGAACCACCUGCUGAUACAGAGCAACUCAGGAGCAAUGCAAAUGGGAAGGGCUCCGUCAGAGCCAAGGGGGAGGCUGGGUCCGGGCCUCAGCCCUGGGGGCCGGUGUCUGGUGAGUCUGGCGCCAGCACCUUAGACUGUUGAGUUGUGCCCAUCAGGGAUGAUCCCUCCGGGUUGAGCCAGAGUGCUGGGUUUUCUGUCACUUUCAGCUGAAAUAAUCCAGAUGUAUUGAUACACAGAUGAUCUGAAUGCAUUCAUCAUUUUUUUAUAUUUGUGGACAGUAGGUUAGUAUGAGGGAAACUAGGACCAAGGGCCUGAAAUACAAGCCCUCCAGAUGUGUCACCUGCGCACCUCCCCUCCAUUCACCUCGGGCAGCCCCAGAGCCACAGUUCUCAGCGCCGCCAGGAGGGGCCCUCAGGGACCCUGCUUUUCGUUCUCAGAGUUCUUGAGUAUUUGUCAGCAUCAUAAUUGUAUAGUUCGCAUAUUAGAAAGUAAUGGAAACUGAGCGCUUGACAAGUUGCUGAGACUGUAUGAACCCCUUUUAAGUGGAUUUGUCACGAUUCGUGGGUCGCGUCUUGUGUUUUCCUGAGUGGCGCUGCAGUUUUGCUUGCAGAUGCGAGGAGAUUCCUGCCACCCUCAACUCUGCAUGGCGAGCGCUGGCCCUGGGGCUUCACUGUGUCUGCUGACGGUUCCUAUGUUGUCGGCAAGUCAUGGAGCCUCUCCGGGCAUUGGCGUCCUCAUCUUUACAAAGAGAGGGUUGAGCAUGUUUGUUUCUAAGGCCUGAACGGUUGUAACGUUCUGUUUCUUUUAAGGCUCACUGCUCACCGUCACUUAGAUUUUUUCUGUUUAUAAAAGUAAACUUAUCCAUUCUGGAAAUUUGGGGAUAUCAGAAGUACAAAGAGUGUCACCCCUCACUCCACCACUUAAGCAGCCUUGACACUGCCUCUGAUUUACGUCCAGUCUCUCCUCUGUGCAGUUGUAAAACGUAGCUAGGAUUAACAGCAUGAGCUUCAGAAUCACACAGGUUCGGCCGAGAGCAUCAGUGUUGCUGCUGCCUGGUACCUCCUGUCUGAACUUCCACGUGCUCAACUGUGAGUGGGCAUAGUGAUAGGACCUCCUCUAGAUUUGUUGUUUUGAAGGGUGAAUAAAGCAGCUUGGAUUUACUUCUAAGUCGUACCACACGUAAAAGUAAAUUCCAGGCUAAUUAAAUAUCUAAACAUAAAAAUGAAGGAAUUUGGAAAUAAUAAAAGAAUGUUUUCUAAUGUUGGGUUAGCAAAGGAUGGGCGGGGCCCUGAAUUUAAGGAGGAACUUAUUCCUGGUCCUCUCCUGGAAUGUCAGGUUUUGGCGGGUAUGGAAUCCAAACGAGCCGUCCAGGAUGAGCUGUCUGCGGGAUGCUUCUCCAAGCGACGGCAUUCACCAGUGUUUUUAAGCAUCGAAAUUUCUGUGUGUUCUUUUCUAAAAUUUGUCACUAUGCAUAAAUGAUUUUAUUUAGUAUUAAGUCGUUUGGGGAAUGUUAAGAUAAAUAAGCUCUACAACAUGUGUCUCCUACUUCUAAAAUCGGCCUCUGGACUGGGUGACUGUUACAAAUGGAAACAGCUGCUCUCAAAGUGCAAUGGGCUUGUUCAGGGCUCCAGACCCAGGCAGAGGUAAAGCGGGUACUUGGACCCUGGCCUCUGCCCCAGGAACCCUGCCGGCUUCUCUGCAUUACGGUUGGCCCUCAACACCUGCGGGUUCUGCACCAACCGUGGGUUCACCCAACUGCAAAUAUUGAGUCCUGGAUGUGGAACCCAUGGAUGUGGAGGGCCGACUGCAUUACACAACUGGAUAUAAGGGACUUGAGCAUCGGUGGAUUUCGGUAUCUACGGAGGCUCCUGGAAACAGUCCCCCACAGAUACCAAGGGUUGACUGUACUUUCUCUACCAGCAGAGGAGCAGGGAUAGCGCUGUUCACACCCCACCCUCCCCAACCCAGGCAGCAGCCCCUAAGCGGCCAGGGCGUGCGGGAGCCAGCCCUCCUAGACUCUUAGGGGAGGGGUUCUGUAGGUCUGCCCUCCCAUUGUCCUUCGGCCAUCAUUUGGCCUUCCUGGUUCCCAUCCAGCGACGCACACAGACCUCCCCCAGAUGCCACAUGAGGAGAAAGAAACACGAUGACACAAGACUGCAAAUAGAAAAGGCUGAGACUAAAACUACCCAAGAAAAGAGAGCCCGUGUAGCUAAAACCACAAAAGAGUUUAUGUUUGGUGAAGAGAUAUUGGCGAGAAGAUAAAAUGUCAGAUGAGAGCAACAUUUAAAAAGAAACAGUAAUCGGGUCCAGGGAUGGUAAACAUGGGGCAAAUCCAGCUCUCCGUCCACACCCACACCCACAGCAGACAUCAACAAUCCAUCCCAGCGCCCUUACUGGCCGAGCCUGAGAAGGCUUUGCCCUGGAUUUUAAGGAACUGGGGCCAGACGAUCGCUACGAGUUGAAGCUUUCUGCCUUUUUGCCAAAGGAGCAAAACUGAGGAUCCUUCCCUUCACCUCCUGGGGAGCAUUGCCACCUCUCACCACCUGCCUCCCCCCACAGUCUUCCAGGAAGCACCUGGCUUGCAGAGGACUCUUCCAAAACUUCACUUCUGCCUCUCACACCCCCUGCACUCAGCAGAAAGAGCUGAAUGGGCAUUGCUAACCUCACUUCCCCUGUAUCUGGAUCUAACCCAACCAAUGUUCCAAAUACAGUAGAUACUGUGGACUCUCUA